AUUGUUGUGCCUCUGAAACUACUGCUUAGGACUUUUCAUGGUGUAUUUCCAGUAAAUAAUAACCUAGCUAUUUUAUUGUAAUUUUUUACCAUGCUAUGUUUUUGUCUUCCUGUUGCCAUUAUCAUUUUUCGGACUUUAUAUGAGUUUUAGUAUUAUUUUCAGUGGCUUCUAUUAUUGAUCCAUUCUGUUAAAAUUAUUGUAUAUAGUCCUCUCUGAAUGCUUUUAUCUGCAGAUAUUGUGUCAUGAGAUUAAGAAUUUAAGUCUAGGAUAAGAUCUUCUGUAUUAACAAAUUUUAGCAUGAAUCCAUUUGUCUGCAACUGAAUCAUAAUUGUUGAAUCACUUCUGAAUUACUCUGAAAUUUCUGUACUGAUAUUCAAAUCCUAGACUGUCUCAGUUUCUUUUGCUAGUGUAUUGCUACGUCAACCCUUCCCUUCCACUUUCUGAUUCUUUCUGUAUCCCGUAAAUGAAUUUCAACUGUGGUCCAGACACUUAUUCUGCUGAAGAUUGCUGCAUUCCCACCAUGCUCAAGCAAAUUCUAAGCAAACUUCCUCGGAAGUCACCAAAAUCUGACCCACUAGAUUCAGCUGAGACUAAUUCUGGCAACAAUGUAAUUCAAUGUACAAACGGAGGGAAUAGUCUUUCAACUCGACUGAGUGUUGUUAAACGAGUCUCUUCAGCUGUUUUUCCUGCAAGCAUCAUGGCUGGAGUGGAAGCUGUGGAGCCUCACCUAUCCUUCAAAGAUGUGUCAAAUCAGCAAAAGCAGAACCUAUUUGUCAGUAAGUUGAAUCUUUGCUGUGAGGUUUCUGAUUUCAGCGAUCCUGAGAAGAAUAAUGCUCAGCAAGAUCUUAAACGACAGACACUGAUAGAACUUGCUGAUUUUGUUUCUUCUGGAUCUGCAAAAUUCACUGAACCAGCAAUUUCUGCAAUGUGUAGAAUGUGUGCAAUUAACCUGUUUAGGGUUUUUCCACCCAAGUGUCGUUCUAAUGGUACUGGUGGUGAAGCUGAAGAUGAAGAACCUAUGUUUGAUCCUGCUUGGUCACAUUUGCAAAUUGUGUAUGAUCUACUCCUGCGGUUUACCAGUUAUAGUUCUCUUGAUGUGAAGGUGGCAAAAAAGUAUGUAGAUCAUUCAUUUAUUUUGAGAUUACUUGAGCUCUUUGAUUCGGAGGACCCAAGAGAAAGGGACUGUUUGAAAACAAUUUUGCACAGAACUUAUGGGAAAUUCAUGGUACACCGGCAUUUUAUUCGACAAGCUGUUAGCAAUAUCAUAUAUCGUUUUGUUUUUGAAACUGAACGGCAUAAUGGAAUUGCCGAGCUGUUAGAAAUAUUUGGGAGUAUUAUUAGUGGGUUUGCAUUGCCACUGAAGGAAGAACACAGAAUAUUCUUAUGCAGAGCUUUGAUUCCUCUACACAAGCCAAAAUCAGUGGGUAUUUAUCAUCAACAAUUAACAUAUUGUGUUGUACAGUUUAUAGAUAAGGAUCCAAAGUUGGCAACUACUGUGAUUAAGGGACUGUUGAAGUACUGGCCAGUAACAAAUAGCCAGAAAGAGUUGAUGUUUAUAAGUGAGUUGGAAGAGGUUUUGGAGAUGACUAGCAUGACCGAGUUCCAGAAGAUAAUGGUCCCACUUUUUCGGCGCAUAGGAUGCUGCCUCAAUAGCUCCCAUUACCAGGUAGCUGAACGGGCUCACUUGCUGUUGAACAAUGAACACGUCCUUAAUCUUGUUAAACAAAACCGCCAAGUCAUUGUGCCUCUUGUCUUCUCGGCUCUUGAACGGAAUGCCCAGAAUCACUGGAACCAAGCAGUACUUAAUCUGACACAAAAUGUAAGGAAAAUGUUCUGUGAAAUGGAUGAAGAGCUAGUUCUUGCUUGCCAACAUAAAGUAGAGGAGGAAAAUUCCCUAUUAAUUGUGGAAGCUGAGAAGCGCAAAUUGACUUGGCAACGCCUGGAAACUGCGGCUGGCUUCCAACCCUCUGCUGAUUAUAUUAUGACUCCCAUGAAGCCUGCCAUAUGCUCUGUCGCAUGCUAAUUGCUU